AUGAGAGGACGCUGGCAUGAAGGUUCAGAUAAAUGGACUCACAUUAAUCAAAUCAUGAAGGAACAAAAAAUUGGAGCACUAGCACUGCAAGAGAAGCACCUCACAAAGGAAGACGAAUCCACCCUCAACUCAACCCCAGGGUUAAGACUACAUAUCAUCUCAUCGAUCGACCCAGCUCACACUAACACGAAAGGAGUCGCCAUUAUUGUACCUGGAAGAGCUCUACUCAUGGUAAUCCCCUGGCUAAAGAAUACUACACUUAAGAUCUUGGCCAUCUAUGCCCCAAACGACCCGCGAAAUAAUCAGUAUUUCUGGGAACUAGUCCAUUCUAAGAUUAAGAACUUACCUAGACCCAACAUCAUGCUAGGAGACUUCAACUUAACUCCCCCCCAAGGCAGACCCACCCAACCCCACAUUGUCACUCUUAAAUCUCACCUUAAACUAAAGGACGGCUGGCGCCAAGAGAACCCGGACACUCUCCUAUACACCUUUGCACAAUCUGCGCGCCAAGGUGGACACCAGUCCAGAAUAGACAGAAUCUACGUGAACGAAGAGCUCCUGCCCUUUAACCAUCAGUUAGUUUCAGCUAGAAUCUCGAAGAAAAACAUGCCCUUCGUGGGAGAAGGGAGAUGGUCCCUCCCCCUCUAUGUCCUCAAUGAUAAGAGACUAAGCGAGGACCUCGUCAACCUAGGCAAAGCACUAAAUCAAGAGAUAACGGAACAUAAGAACCAGCACACCAAAGUCAAUAACCCCUAG